AAGAUUUAUGAAUUUAUUUGGUUUAUUAAACUCUUGAAAUCCUUGGUUAUUCAAAUAACGCAAGUUUGUACAUUAUUUAUGAAAUAUUAUUUUCAACAAGUCUUAAAUUGAAAUUUAAAAUGAUUCAUGCGAAUUUGGUAUUGAAAAUGCAAAUUGUAUUUCAGAAGUAAUUAUUCUUCUCGCAUGUUUGAAACGCAAUUUUUGAGAGGACUUUAAACAGAACAUCGCUGUUAACAGCAGUUCCGUUAGCUCGUAGCGUGCUGUGGUCAAACACUAGCUAGUUUGUCUCGUGAGCUUUGUUCUCACGUUUGGUAUUCGUGGGCCUUGUACCCACGUUUGAUUCCGUGGCCUAAGUCGCGUUUGGUUAUUUACCCUCGUGGAUUGUGUGUCCACGUUUGUUUUUCAUAGCUUCGGCUGUAUUUGGUUACUUACCUUUAUGGACUGUGUGUCCACGUUUGUUUUCGUGGCAUAAGUCGCAUUUGGUUAUUUAUCCUUGUGGACUGUGUGUCCACGUUUGUUACUUGUUCUGUUAAGUUCUCAAAAAUUCUAAAUGUGGACAAAUAUCUGUUUUCAAAAUUUAUAUGAUUUGGCUAGCAAAUACAUCACUUGAAUUUACGUGUGAAUAAAUGGUUUUCUUUAAGCAUGAUAAAAAUAUAUUGCUUCCAACUUACUUUCAUUUUAUGAUUAUGAUUACGACUUACAGACUUACAAAUUUAUUUUGCUGAAUUAUUUUUAUUUAGUUUACGCUAUCAUUAGAGUUUGUUAAUUUAGAUUUUAAAAUUUUACUUUGAGAAUGCUAUUCACUAAAAAACUUAUUUUGGCCUCAAAUUUGUUAGCUGACGCUGAUUCCACCAUUGAUCUUUGAAGGGCAAAAUAGCUACAAUGGGUGAAAAUUUUUGAUUGGUACUGUUACUUUUAAUGUAAAUAUAUAAUUCGUAUGUUUUUUUGAUUUAAAAGAAAGAUUAGAUGCUCCACAUAGAUUGUUGAUAGACUUUAUUUUAGUUUGUAUAUUGGUUGCUGACUGGAAGGAGCUACGCUCUUGAUUUAUACUGUUAUUUGUAAAAGUUUUUGUUGUAAAAUUUUCAGGAGAUCCUAGUUAUAGGGGAGGUUCUGUCGAAAUUUCUACAAAAACAUUGAAACUUUUUUAUGACAAUUAGCAUGAAAAAUUAUUUUAACUUUCAUGUAAUUUGAUUAAUUUUUUCUUUUCUUUAGUAAAAUGGAAUAAAUUUUCAUUUUGAAGCUUACGGGGAUGUGUGAGUAGUUCGCACCUGUAUCGAUCACUCUCUAUUUUCGGGGCGUGACAAACUUCUGUCCUCUUUCAUGCUUAAAUCGAUCAAACCUAUUAUUAUUAUGAUUUCAUGAAGAGUAACAGAACAAAGGAAACAGACAAAUUUUAAAUUAACAAUGCAAGACUGUUUUGACAAAGCUAGGGGUAAGAUUUCCCUGUAUCUCAAUUAGGUUUUCUUUCAAGGAGCGAGAGUUUUCCCCUUGUUUCACCGUUUGAAACUAUCCAACUAGCGUCUGAGAGUACUAAUAAUCCUUAUAUCACACAAAGGUUUGGGAAGCAAGUGCGGUUGAAUGUUACUAAGAACUAUGGUUUCAGAUUCGCAAUGGAUGUUCAGAGAAGUGUAGGGUCGUUGGCCAACAGGAUAUGGCCAUGGAGCUGUGAUGUGUUUGUAUUGAAUUUCUUAACUGAGGACAAUCGCUCAUUUGUUGAAGACCUUCGCAACGCUCUUUAUAGAAAAGUCAUCUUCUUCAGGAGAGAUCAGCCUAUGGUUAUUUGUAAUAUGGUUAAGAAAUAUGGCAACUCCAUUUUGUUUGGAAAGCGUUAUUGGAAAUCAAGUCUAAACCAUGUCGAAGAAUUUGCAAAGGAAAUAAAUAAAUCAGGACAAAUAGCUACAGUUGGGAUAGGUUAUCGUCAUGUAGAAAAAUUAAUUGAUCUUCUAGACUUAGGCUCAAAGGAUGAUGUGCGAGUUGUAGGGAUUAGUGGGAUGGGGGGAGUAGGGAAGUCAGCUCUUGCCCGGGAUGUCUUGAACAAAAUCUCUCACCUUUUUGAUUUGCCUAUUUCAUCAUUCCACCAGCUACCAACCAAGUUUAUCUCCCAAAUCAAUUCAUUUUAAGAGAGGCAUUUCUUCGGAUAGCUUCCCAGAAAGGCCAAGAUUCCAUAGGAUGCUUCUUGUUUUUGAUGAUGUAGAGUAUCAUGAACUUCUAGAUGAAGGAUGGAUUAGAGGGUUGUUUGGAGGGGGAAGUAGAAUUAUCAUAACGAGCAGAGAUGAGGGACUCCUUAGAAGGUUGGAGUAGAUGAAAUUCACAAGAUGGAACUAUUGAAUCAAAAUGAAGCUCUUCGAUUUUUCUGAAAAAUUGCUUUCAAAAGUGAUAAAACCAACGAUAGGUUAUGAGGAGCUAACCCAUGAAGCACUUAAAUAUGCUGAUGGCCUUCCAUUAGCUAUUAAAUCAGUAGGUUCAACGCUGGUUGGUCUACAUGUUUUAGCGUGGAAAAGUGUGUUGACCAAACUGCAAACGAUUCCUGACUUUUUAGUACUCAUGGUGCUUCAUAAAAGUUUCGAUGGACUCACUCAUGAGCAGAAGGAUGCUUUCUUGGAUAUUGCAUUUGUUUUGCAGGACAAGAGAUUGAUUAUGUCCAGAGAAUUCUACUUGGUCAAAUGCGACAAUCAAAUGUCUUACGGACAAGUCACUGGUAAACAUAUCAAACCAAAUAAUAAAAAUACAUCCUAUCCUACAACAAUUGGCAAAUCUAAUUGUUCAACGUGAAUCUGCUAUGCCUGGAAGGCGGAGUAGGAUAGGAUAUGGAAUUAUGAAGAUUUUCGUUAUAUUAUGGAGACUAACACGGUAAGUUCUUUGUAUUUUAAUUGCCUUAAAAGUAAAUUUUCAGUUAAGCCCUUUAGUUAUGUGUGCUGUCAGUUUAGUUCAUGAAAUAUCCCCCACUUAGAUAAAAUGUAUUGCAAAACAUGAUCCUUUUUCAUGUAUCCUUUUGUAAGAGUUUUAAUUAAUGUGAAACACAUCUUAAAAUAGUAGUUUACAUUGAUGGUUAAAAAUGCAUCUAGAUGCUUGCUAUAUAACACAAAGAAAUGGCAUUUUUUACAGCAUUGACAUAAUUAAUAAAUUCUGUUCACCUUAAUAACUGUAUUAACAAAUGGCCCCAAUUGAUAAAUUUAACAAAGCCUUUAUAUUAAUUUGAUGGUAAUUAUAUUUCAAAGAUUAUAUAGGUGAAACGUAUACAUUUGAGGAAUUAGAAUAUUAGCUUAUUUUUUUGUUUCUAUAUAUAGAAAAUUAUUGAUAAUUUUGAUUUUCAAAUUUCAUAUGCAAUAAAUUUAUAUUCAGGGAACUGAUCGUGUUUGAAGUCAUAGUACUCUCAAAUGAAGAAUAUCCACAAGGGACACAUUAAAUGUUGAAGGUUUAUAAAAAAUGAGGACACUUAGAAUCCUUAUAUUUCACAAUGUGAAAUUUUCAGAAGUCUUGAUGAUCUUUCUAACAACUUAAUAUAUCGUCUAUGGCAUAAAUAUCCAUUUAAUUAUUUGCCAUCAAAUUUUAAUCCAAAAAAUCUUGUGGAAAUGAUCAUGCCAGAUAGCAACAUAACACUACUAUGAGAGGCGAAGAGGUAUUAAUAUUUUUUUUUGUUUAUAUUAAUCAAAACUAAAUUGAUUAUGAUCGGCAAAUUAAAGUCAUAUAUGCUUCUUUUAAUUUUUGAGUGAAUCAGAAUUUUAUAUUUCAUAGUUUAAAUAUCUCAUUUCAGUUUUUCAACGGAUGUUUCUUAUUCAAUAUUUCUCUCGUUAAGAGGUGUUUAAAGUCUCACUGUUAUUGGGAUUUCCCAUGAUAAAAGUGUGAUUAUGGCACUUUUGGCAUUGAGACUAAUGAAUAUAUAUAUAUAUAAUAUAUAUAUAAUCUUUUGAAUGUUCAGUUAAAAAUAUUGUCUUUGAACAAGUUUUGAUGGUUUGUCUGAUCUGCUAUCUAGAAAGUUAUUCCGCUGCUAACGAGCUUGACCUUUGUGGCUCUGAAGAUUUGAAAAAGACACCUGAUUUUAGGGUUGCUUCCAUGUCUUGAGAGGUUAGAGUUGGAAGGAUGUACUUCAUUAGUGCAGCUUCAUCCUUCUAUUGGUGUAUCUGAGAGGGCUUGAGUUUUUGAAUU